UUCUGGGGGAUGUGGAGGGCUGUUGGAAUUGAAAGUCGCCUGAACAGUGCCGCAGUCGAUGGAAACGGUGAUGCUCUUCUGAAAUUCCAAACUUUCAGUUGUGUGUUCGGGGGAUAGAAUGCGACAGAGACGUCGUUUUGCCACUAAAAUUAGUCUAGAUCAUUUUCAAGAUGCAACCAACUACCUGCUCAGACGUUGCAGUGUACUGUCUCUCAUCGGAUGGGCAAGUCACGGAUAUAUUGCCAACUAACUGCUCUGGCGGAGUUUGAGCAUUCUCGUCUGCGCAUUACACCUUGAAGCCCCUUCAAUAACUUCCUGCCACGGAUCACCUUCUUCUCCGGCUCAUCACUGAUGCUGAAGAGCUGUUGAAGCUUUAAGAUUUGGAAACGUACUCUGCUGCAAUGGCUGCAUAUAGGGGCAUGGCGAAGAACAUGUUUGACGGAGGCAAUGUGACUUUCGAAGAUCCGACAGUUGCUGUAGAUUUGUAUGCGUACAGGCCGCCGUGGAUGGAAGAAAUCAAGAAGGUCGAUCGCCACACCGACAGAGCCGGCGGCGUCUCCUUUGUAAUCACUCGUGCCCAUUCGGACUGUCUUAGACACCGGACGGAACUUAGAAUUGCGCAGUGUCUUGCAAGAAGGACGGGGGACAAAGAAGUUUUUUCAACCAGGGAGCUCAUUGGAAGGCAAAAUGGCUGCGGAGCAAUACUACAACCACACGAGACCACAUCAGGGCUCCCUGGCGACGAUGAGAGCCAACAAAUCCAUCAAUACUCGCUACGCCGACGUGAUCCGCACCCACCUCAACAAAUACGGAUGACACCCCGUGGGUUCAACUUGCGAGAUUCCGUCGCUCCAUCGGCGCUUGGACGCUGAUCUGGUUUGAUUCAGCAGCAUUUUCCUCGCAUUUCGCUGGUUCGAAGGACUCAUGUGGGGCUUGGUUCUCAGAUAUCUCUAGCAACCUAAACACUAACUUUUAGGGUUUGUGCUCGACUAGUGUGCAACAGGAAAAUGAAUUGAGUGUUGUUUCAAGAUGUUUAUUCCAAUCUUCUCAGUUUUGACAUAUUCUUUUUU